UUCCGGGGGUCCCGGUCCCCAAGGUGGUCGCGGCUACGGCAUCCUCAGGCCAGGCCGCGGGGGGAGGGGGCGGCCUGGAGGCCGUGGCGGGGUCAGCACGGGCCACCGAAAGCAGGGCCAUGGAGCCCAGGGAGUCGGGGAAGGUAGGCCUGGAAGGGCCCUGGGGCCGCCCACUCCCCUCCCGUAGAUCCCUGAUCUGGGCGAGGCGGGCGGUACGGGCGGAGUCCUCGCAGAUGAGCCAGCCUUGCAGGGAAGGACUCGCCCGCUCGCCCGCUUCUUCCUCUGCACUUGGGCGGCCGACUCCGGGCGAGUCCCGCGCAGCCUUCCGCUCCCUCCCCACGCGGCUGGCCUAGCAGCCCUCCGCCGAGCCCGCCGCCCGGUUGACGCUGGGUGGGUGACCCGCUCAGUGUAGUAGUGCGAAAGUGCUUCCUAUUUUCCCACAACACCACUGGCGUUUGGAAGAGGCCCAGCAUGUUUUAAGGCCUUGAGGCUGGAUCGGACCCCACUGGGAGCCAGGCAUAGGGAUCACCGAGAGGCAGGAUGAGGGCUUGGCCCUGCCUGGAUCCCCCUUCCCAAGAAAGGGCUGAGAAGAAAAAGACAAGGCAUCUGGCACAUUUCUUGCCGAUUUCUGUUUCUAGCUUAUCUACUUCGUGGAGUUUUUGAGUAUUGCUUAGAAGCAUAUUUCAUAAACUUGCUUCAGGCUUUGAGCAAGAGGCUGUGAAUUGGAAGAAAAGGUGGGGAAAAGUGCUUGAAGGUAGAGUUAAGUGGGUUUGACAGGAUUGCUAGAGCUCGGAGUCAGUGUCAGCAAAGACGAGCGUGGUCGCACGCACUUGAUUCGGAGACAUUGGCAGCCUUUGGGGACCGAGAUCUUUCUGGAUAUUAUUUGAUACCAGUUCUUGAGGAUUGUUUCUUCUUUGGCACAAAGGGAACCUCCUCAACAAACUUUUCGAGUGCAUACUGAGUCUCUCCUUUAAAAAAAAUUGCUCAUUUAAUAAACAUUUGUGAUCCGUGAUUUAAGUUGAUGGAAAUGCUGGAAGUACAUAUGAAAUGACUACUUUCCUCCAGGAGCUUUCCCGCAGUUUUCACUUCAAUAACAUGGACAAGCCUGGAAGGGUUGUCCAACAGACAAAAGACAGAAAAGAUAGUGAGGUUAUUUUGAUGCUGUACUUUUUCCUGGAAAGACUGGGAAGGACUCUGAAUUACAAAAGAAGUUACUCCUUGCUUAAUCAUCUCUUCCGUACUCCAUCCUCUCCACAAGUUACCGCGAUGCAUUUUCCAGAUGAAACAACCUAUAAACAGUCCAAGACAAUAAAGCUCAACAGAACGUAACCAGAGAAAGAUUGAAGGUGAACUGCAUGCCAGCCUCAUGCUAAGCACUUUAGGGGAUACCAGAAAAGUAAAGGAAAUGGCUCACACCCUCAGACAUAGUUCUCAGUGACGGUUGACUACUUCCAGAAAUCAGAUACAUCUUCCUAAGUGAGGAUUUACCACGUUGAAGAUUUUGCAAAAGAAGUGCUGUUGGUUGUGGCUGACGCACUGGCUGAGAAGUAAUGGAUCCUGUGCGAAGGCUGGCUCCUGUGACGUUUGAUGACAUCACGGUGUAUUUGCUUCAGGAGGAGUGGAUGCUGCUGAGUCAGCAACAGAAGAUCUGUGGUUCUGAUGAGCUGGCAGCACCCCUGGGACCAGCUAUUGCCAACCCAGAGCUGUUCUAUAAAUUUGAGCGAGGGCCAGAGCAGUGGCUAGCCAAGGUCCAGGGCCAGAGGAGUCUCUUGAGCCUCCACCGAGGAAAAAACAAGAUGGGCUUCAUGGAAGAAAUGGACAUGCAAAGUCCCGCCAGAGAAGCUGGACUCUACCUGCCUCCUCAGAAGAAAGCCUGUCCUUCGCAUUUCAGCUCAGAGGGUGGCAGCCUCCAGGGAGACUGCACAGGAAGAAGCAGAAAACCCUUGAGACCCCGGUCCAUCCAGAAGGCGUGGUUUGCGCAGUUCCCGUGGUUGGUCAUGAAUGAGGAGCGGACGGCUCUCUUUUGCUCGGCUUGCCGGGAGUACCCAUCCGUCAGAGACAAACGGUCAAGGUUAAUAGAAGGCUACACAGGACCAUUCAAGGUGGAGACUCUCAAAUACCACGCCAAGAGCAAGGCCCACGUGCUCUGUGCCAAGGCCUUGGCAGCUCGGGACCCCAGCUGGGCAGCCCGUUUCCGGAGCAUCCACGAUGUGUCCAGAGAGGUGCUGGCCAGUCCGGGACACCUCUUCACUGCAGAUUACCCCAUAUGUUACCCCCCAGGGCCUCAGGGGAUCUAUGAUAACAUGGUCCAGCUCCUGCCCAGCUCGAGAGCUGCACUGGAGGACCCUGGAGGGAGUGGAGCAGUUCCUGCAUUGUACCUAGACUGCAUUCCUGAUUUCAGGCAAAAAGAAAUUGCUGAUGACAUCCGCAGCUCCUCAGACGUUAACGUUUUGUGUAAUGACUCACCUGAACCCUGUGGCCAGGAUCCUUCUGAAGAGGGGCUGUUUGAGGAGGUUCCCGUGGUGUUUGAGGAUGUGGCGGUGUAUUUCACCCGGGAGGAGUGGGGCACGCUAGACAAGCGGCAGAAGGAGCUGUACAGAGACGUGAUGCGGAUGAAUUAUGAGCUGUUGGCAUCCCUGGGGCCUGCUGCUGCCAAACCAGCCUUGAUCUCAAAACUGGAGCGGAGAGCUGCACCCUGGACCAAGGACCCGAACGGGCCAAAGUGGGGGAAAGGCCGUCCUCCAGGGAAGAAGACGAUGGUGGCCAUUAGCGAGGCACACACACAGGCCUCGGCUGUAGAAUCUGCACUGCUCCCAGCUCCUGCCAUGGAGACGUGCACCUCCUACCGCAAUCCCAGCCUUUGUGAAGUAGAAGCAGACGGACGGAGGAAAAUCAAGAGGACUUACAGACCCCGCUCAAUCCAGAGGUCGUGGUUUGGGCAGUUCCCAUGGUUAGUAAUUGACCCCAAAGAGACCAAGCUCUUCUGCUCAGCUUGCAAAGAAAGACCUAGUCUCCACGACAGAUCAUCCCGGUUAGUCCGAGGUUACACGGGUCCUUUUAAAGUGGAGACUUUAAAGUACCAUGAAGUCAGCAAAGCACACAAGCUCUGUGUCAACACCCUGGAAGUCAAGGAAGACACCCCGCAGGCCGCCCUCGUCCCCGAGAUCUCCAGUGACCUGAUGGCCGACAUGGAGCACUUUUUCAAUGCCGCCUAUUCCAUCGCGUACCACUCGAGGCCCCUGAACGACUUUGAGAAGAUCCUGCAACUCCUCCAAAGCACUGGGACCGUGAUUUUGGGCAAGUACCGAAAUCGCACCGCCUGCACUCAGUUCAUCAGAUACAUCUCCGAGACUCUGAAGAAGGAGAUCCUUGAGGAUGUCCGGAACUCCCCGUGUGUGAGCGUGUUGCUGGACAGCGCCACAGACACCUCCGACCAGUCCUGUGUGGGCAUUUACAUCCGCUACUUCAAGGGGAUGGAGGUGAAGGAGUCUUACAUCACUCUGGCCCCACUCUACAGCGAGACGGUGGAUGGAUACUUUGAGACCAUCAUCUCUGCCCUGGACGAACUGGACAUCCCCUUCCGGAAGCCUGGCUGGGUAGUGGGCCUGGGAACCGAUGGCUCAACCAUGCUGAGCUGCAGAGGAGGUCUGGUGGAGAAGCUCCAGGAGAUCGUCCCCCAGCUGCUGCCGGUGCAUUGUGUGGCCCACCGGCUACACCUGGCCGUGGUUGAUGCCUGUGGAGGCAUCGACCUGGUCAAGAAGUGUGACCGGCACAUCCGAACCGUCUUCAAGUUCUAUCAGUCCUCGAACAAAAGGCUGAAUGAGCUGCAGGAAGGCGCGGCCCCGCUGGAGCAGGAAAUCAUCCGCCUGAAGGACCUGAACGCUGUCAGGUGGGUGGCCAGCAAGAGGCGCACGCUGAGUGCGCUCAUCGUGAGCUGGCCCGCCCUGGCCAGGCACCUGCAGAGCGUGGCGGAAGCAGGUGGCCAGGUCGGGCACAGGGCCAAGGGCGUGCUGAAGCUGAUGAAGGGCUUCCAUUUCGUCAAGUUCUGCCACUUCCUCUUGGACUUCCUGAGCAUCUACAGGCCUUUGUCCGAAGUGUGCCAGAAGGAGAUCGUGCUGAUUACGGAGGUGAACUCCACGCUGGGCCGGGCCUAUGUAGCACUGGAGACCCUCCGUCACCAGGCAGGACCCAAAGAGGAAGAGUUCAAUGCCGGCUUCAGGGAUGGGCGGCUCCACGGCAUCUUCUUGGACAGAAUGGAGAUGGCAGAACAGCGGUUCCAGGCGGACAGGGAGAGAAUGAUCCUGACUGGGAUUGAAUACCUCCAGCAAAGGUUUGACGUGGACCGUCCCCCUCAGCUCAAGAACAUGGAGGUGUUUGACGCCAUGGCCUGGCCAAGUGGGAUGGAACUGGCCGGUUUUGGGAAUGAUGAUAUUCUUGCCCUGGCCAGAUAUUUUGAACUCUCACUGCCCCCAGGAUACAGCGAGGAAGCACUGCUGGAGGAGUGGCUGGGCCUGAAAGCCAUCGCCAAGAACUUGCCAUUCUCCAUGCUGUGCAGGAACGCCCUGGCCCAGGACUGCCGCUUCCCCUUGCUCAGCAGGCUCGUGGCAGUGGUGGUCUGUGUGCCCGUCUCCACCUCCUGCUGUGAGCGCGGAUUCAGUGCCAUGAACCGGAUCAGGACCGAUGAGAGGACCAAGCUGUCCAACGAGGUGAUCAACAUGCUCAUGAUGACAGCGGUGAAUGGUGUGGCUGUCACAGAGUACAACCCCCAGCCCGCCAUCCAGCACUGGUACCUGACCUCCUCGGGUCGGCGUUUCAGCCACGUCUACACCUGUGCCCAAGUGCCACCCCGCUCCCACACAAGGGCGGGGCUCAGGAAGGAGAAGAUGGGAGCGCUCCGUGUGGAGGAGGCCGUGACCCAGAAGCCGCCCAUCCCGUCCUACAGGGAACCCAUGGAGGUCCUGACGGACUGCGUCCUAGAGCCGCGCCACGGACUCCUGUGUCCCCACCCCAGCCAAGAGGCCCUGGGCUGUCCUGAUAAAGCGCUCCUUGGCAGUAGAGAAGCCAAGUGCCUGCUGGUGCCCCAGCUGCCACAGGACUGAUGGAUGACAGCGCCUCCAGCUCUGAAAGACGGCCCUCAGGCUGCAGAGUGGACUUGGCUGCCUUCAGCCCUUGUCCUUGUCCCUUGCCACCCAAGUCCUUAUUACGGGAAGAGGUGCUCUCUCAACAUGCCCUCAGCAUAAUGGUCUAGUCCACUCUUCCCAAAGUUGCUCUGGGGACCAGCUUGGGAAUCACUAGGGGUGUCUGUUUAAAUCUGUUUCACCCCAGACCCACCUGAUCAGAUCCCCGGGACUGUUUCCAGCAAGGCCCUCCAGGAACUUUGUGGGAUCACUCAAGCAUGAGAACCACCACCCUGGCGGCACAGAAGGGUGUCCCACGCUAUUUGGUUCCCGUUGCCCUCCCCCCAUCAGCCCAUCUCCUCUUCCACCCGGAAGUAAAGCACUUUUCCUUCCAGGGCAGCUGCUUUGGGCAGGUUCCUAGGCUGCUCCUCCGGCUGAGGAUGAUGUAGUGUCUGGGUCCCGCCUUCCUAACCACAGGUGGGAAACGAGGGCAGGUUAGAGGGAAGGGCUUCUUUGCCUCUGCCUUUCUCUUGUUUUAGAUGGGCAGGAAGUAGUGCUGCGUCCUGGCCAUGCUGCCUGGCCCUAGGUGGGGUCCCUGCUCUGUGAUGCAGGUCCAAGUGGCCUGGCCCUCAAGCAGCCAUCUGUCCACUUCCCACUCCUAGAAGGUGCCGAGAGCCCCUGAGAUGCUGGUAGCGAGUGUCUCACUGUCUGGCAGAACCCCUGGUUCCCAGUGUCUCUGACUCUCCCUUCCCAGCAUCCCACCCUUAGCACUUAGCCUUAGCGCCAUUGCUUUCCUGUUUUCUUCAGCUUCGAGUCAGGAAUUCCGUUUUCGCUUUCUGCCGUUUCACCUGUGGCACUGUCUCCCUGACAGCCCCGUGUUCUGGGGGCUGAGGUGUACCACGGGCCCUUAGAGCUUGAACCCUGGCGGUGUUACUGUCCACAUGGCCAAGAUGGAGCCCAGGCCUCCCUCCGCCAUUCGCAUAGGUCACCGUGGGGAGUUCAGGAAUCUGCACUAGGCCAGGCACCGCGGGUAUGAGUUGGUGGGAUGGAAGGGAGGAGGGCCCGUUAAAGUGGGCCCCCCCACCCUAUCCAUAGCGAUUCAGAUUGAGGUGACUUUCUCGUAGGCAUCCUCCCCAUGGCACCUUCUGUCCUUUAAGAAUCCUCAGAGCAAGAGGCUAGUCCUGCGAGCAGCGCCGUGCCUGAGUGCCACACGCACGAUUCCCUGUGCGAGUCUAGUCGUGGAGGUGGAGGCCAGCUAGGGACGCCCCUGCAUCUCCACAUCUGUGCCCUGAGGAAGCCUCCGAUGCCAGCUCGUGAGAAACUUGGGCCCCUUGGUGUGGGGGGUGGGUGACUGAAAAUGCUAUUUGUCACAGGGAUUUGCACUACCCGCUUUCUCGAGGGGCACAGGCAUGCCCUGGGUCCCCUCUGUUCGCUAAUGGCAGAGAGGACGCUGACCAUUUUGUGCAGGACCCCAGGCUGAAGCUUGGUGAGACCCCUUGCCCAAGCUGACAUCUCGUUUUGUUUCAAGAGACUUGCAGCAUUUCAGACCCCAGGGCCUGGAGACCCUGUUGUUGGAGAGCUUUCCUAUUUUUGCCUCACAAAAAAACAAGCUGAAGGGCAUUGGGAAUGGAAGGAACAAGCUCUUUGCCUUUGGCCAGAGUCCUAGCCAUGCCUCCACCCUCGUUCCCUACCUGUGAUCUCCAUAGACAUGCCCACAGGGCUGACAUUCUGAGUGACCAGCAUUUUAACUGACAGUUUGAGUUCAAUAGCCAUAGAGACCAGGUGGGAAGGAGGGGUCCCGACCCCCUGUUCUAGCCAGACACGUUGGAGUGUAAUCUACUCCAGACACUUUUCUUCCCUCGAAGCGCAGGUUCAGUUCCUAGGGUGCUAAGUAUUUAGCAGGACAGUGUGAAGAUGGGCCGUUUCCCUCAUCCAAGUGGCUGACGAGGUCACCCCAGGUAAUUGGCCCAGGGAUGUUCUCUCCUCCUCUGGUUUCAAAGAUGUGCAAAACAUGGUUUAAAAAACCACGUCUGGGUCUUCCCUGGUGGCGCAGUGGUUGAGAGUCCGCCUGCCGAUACAGGGGAGGCGGGUUCGUGCCCCAGUCCGGGAAGAUCCCACAUGCGGCGGAGCGGCUGGGCCCGUGAGCCAUGGCCGCUGAGCCUGCGCGUCCGGAGCCUGUGCUCCGCACUGGGACAGACCACAACAAUGAGAGGCCCGCUUACCGCAAAAAAAAAAAACAAAAAACCAUGUCUGAUUCUCAACCUUUUUCUAUUCGAAUAAAGCAGAGUUUAUUUCGA